GCGAGCACAACACAUCACAACCAACACACCUGGCUGUAAUUUAUUUGACGCUAAUUAAUCGCUAGCUUGAUUUUUCUUCAAAAAAAGAAAAAGAAAACAAUGGCCACCCUGGUAAAAUAUACAAUAUUCGUCUCGUUAUUCGUGCUUUUGCUGUCGGUGUGCGUUUCCUUGGCUGAAAAAGGUGAUGCAGGAACUCGUGAAAGCGUCGGACUUGAAAUAAAAUGCGGAGAAGUCGAAGUGAGAAUAACCGUAAAGUCACAGUUUUUUAAGAAAAAACGUAUUCCGUUCAAACCUGAGAAUCUUCGACUUGGAGCGAACUCAGCCCAGCAGAGGUCCUGCGAAGCAAAGGGACCGGUGUCCGGCUCUGACAUGGUCAUCUCUGCAGGGCUGCAUGAAUGUGGGACUGAGUCCAGUGUUCAUGGUGAGUGGCUUGUGUAUUCCAACGAGCUGCUACUGUUUCCUGCUGUGGUUCCCACCUCUACAGGCAGUAUGAUAGUUAGAGGGGCAACUACUGUCAUACCUGUUGAGUGCCAUUAUAAAAGAAAGCAGACAGUGACUGGAGACAUAUUAACCCCAACCUGGCUACCUAUGACAUCCACUAUCAGUGUCUUUGGCCUUCUGCACUUCUCCCUUCGUACCAUGGCAGAUGACUGUACCUCUAUACGUAGUUCCUCAGUGUAUCAGCAGGGGGAAGCAGUGUUUUUGGAGGCCAGCGUGGCGGCCCCGCUACACCCUCCUCUCACUCUAUAUGUGGACUACUGUGUUGCUACUCUGAAGCCUGACCCGCUCUCCUUGCCCAGCUACAAGUUUAUCACCAAGCAUGGAUGUCUUAUGGACAGUGUAUUGCCAGGAUCUUCAUCUAAAUUCCUCCCUAGGGAGCAAGAUAACAGACUGUGCUUCAGUGUCCAAGCCUUCCACUUCAACCAGGAGUCUGGAGAACAGAUGUUCAUCAGCUGCCACAUUAGGGCCACUCUGAAACACAAGUCACAAAGCCACCUAGAUAAAGCCUGCUUCUUCCAUAGGCCCACAUUCAGCUGGCGUGCCACAGGGGGAGACGAUGCUCUGUGUGGAUGCUGUGACUCUGAUGACUGCUUUCGAAAGAUGGAAGAGGAGAACACUGGACACACAACUCUACCAGAUACAGAAAGGAAGCAUGAGGCGGACACAACAGUUGGGCCACUUCACACCCUGCCACGCUCUUAUUGGACAGGCCGCCUGUCAGUCAAUCACUAAAGAGCCUUUUUUCAACUUUACAAUUAGGUAGGUGUCAAGACCAAAACUAGGAGUUAGGGGACAGAGACAAUGAAGAAUCCGUCACAUAGUAGUAUAACACUUCAAUGCUUAACGUAACACAGACCAAUUUUCACUGUGAUGGUUUCAUUUUUGUAAUGAUUUAUACAAUAAACAUGCAUUUGUGA